GGUGGACACUACGCACUUACACAUGUCAGAGUAUCUACAGGCGCUCUGCAAUGCCUUCUUCUGGGAGUUCUGGUAACUGGACUUUACCUGAGUUCUUGGGGCAGAAGAGGCUGUUGGGACUCGGAGCUUUGCUGACGUGGCUCAUCCUCUUCCACCUCCUGGUGAACGUCUGGCUGCUCUGCAUCUUCACCAGCCUUUUGGUGGUUCUUGGAGGUUGGCUUGGGUCACGGGCAGCACUGGAUGCUAACAGCUUCCUACACUUGGAACACUUUCUGCCCCUUGGUAAGGUCUGUCCACCUCAGGAUACACUCGAGCACGAGCGGAGGCUGAACCACGAGAUUCACAGCGCAGUCCACAAAGCGGUGCGGGACUUUGUGUCCUCAUGGUAUAGGACUCUGCUGCCUGAGGUGGAGGGAGAGUUUGAGCGUGCUGUGUGUAAUUCAAUGCUGGAGUCAGUGAUGGAGCUGAAGGAGCGAGCGCAGCGAGUGGACAGGAAAGCAUUGGUUGAACAGCUGCUGGAGCUGUACGGCUGCCACCUGCAGAGCUACAUGACGGUACGGCAGAUCCAGUCAGCACAGAAGGAGAACAUUACCCUGUGGCAGCUCUACAGUGAAGUAGACUCCCCUCAUCCAGCAGUGAGCAAUGCAACUGCUGAACUCAACUACUCCAGAGCUCUAGUGAACCUUGUGCUUCAUGUCCUCGUCCCGUAUCCUCAGAUGGAAACCAAGACUGGAGGCUACAUGGUUACAGAGCUAAUCACCUGCAACGUGCUGCUGCCGCUCAUAAACAGGAUAUCUGACCCUGACUGGCUCAACCAGACCAUCGUGGACAUUUUCACCAAAUCUAGGGAACCGCAGGAAUUUGAUGUGGGUACAAUAUACAGUGGUCAGAUCCAGCACGAGACCUGGACCACCUGCGAGUCACUGUCUGCUUACAAUCAGGCAACUUUUAGCAACACAAGCUCCUCCGAGGCUGAGGACCUUCAGAGUCAGAGCACAGUUUCUGGAACAGACUCGUCUCGAAGCAGCAUGGAUAGCCUGUCAUGUGCAGGGAAAACACCCAGCUGCCACACAGGCCUGAACACACCCAACAGAGUGAACUGCUGUACGCUCACAUCUGGCCACUACCCACAGUCAUCAGGGUCCAAAGUGGUUUCCAUGGACUCUCUUAUCCAGUCAAACUCAAGAAAUGACAUGAGAGGAGUUUUCUGUGACUGUGGUCCUACUGCCAACCUCUGCCACCUUCUCCCUGUAAACCAUGAGGAAGUCUCUGGUUGUUUUGGUUCUCUGAGAACUCUUGGACCAAAGGCGGUGGUACCUGAGGAAUCGUUGUGGCUGGCCGGCAUAACCCAGGAGAAAUCUCCAGCUUCCUCUCGAAGGAAGCUUUGCCUGAACUCCUUCAACUUUGAUUUUUCUAACAGCCCGGCUGCCUGCGUGAACAUUCAGAACGUGUACAUAUCUGGAACAGUCAACGUAAAAGAACAGCGCAGCAACAGUUCACAUUCCUACACCCUCUACACUGUGAAGUUUGAAACGGUGGCUGAUGGUGACGACACCGACACCGGGCGACCUUCAGUCCAUCACACCGUCAACCGCAGAUACAGCGAGUUCCUCAACCUGCAAACACGUCUGGAGGAGAGGCCGGACUUCAAGAAAUUAAUCAAGAAUGUCAAAAGCCCAAAGAAAAUAUUCCCUGAACUCUCCUUUGGCAGUCCGGACAGUGAGAAAGUUGAAGCUCGUAAAAGCCAGCUGAAUGUCUUUCUAAAGCAGUUAAGCAGCAUUCCUGAUAUAGUCAGCUGUGAAGACAUGCACGAGUUCCUCGCUAUGAACUCAGGAGAUUGCACUUAUUUUGAAAGAAAACCUUUGACCAAGUCCAGAAUUGAUAAGAUGGUGGAAAAUGCUUUAGGGACUCUGCGGACAGCUUUCCCUCAUCCUGAGCUCCUCAGUCCAGUGGAAGAUGUCGACGGAGACAACGAUGGACGAAUAAUGGACUACAGGAAGUACAGGAAGUUGUUUCCAAGUAAAAUGUCUACAUCUCUGAAUAUGACCGACCUCCAUCCUAAAGUCUCGUACUGCUUUAGUGAAGGCAGCGCAGUCCUGAACGGCAUGUCCCUGUCCGGCCUGGAGACGUUUGUCAGGGAGCAGGAAGUGGGGCUGAUCGGGACAGGAAGAGCCAUGCGGAGCUGCGAGACUCAAGGCAAAGACAGGAAGAUGGCGGGCAGAAGUCAUGGGACAGACACGGCUGUGGCAGACGCCGCUCUGAACGUUUUGUGUCUGCUCAUGAAAGAUCAGUGGAGUUGGCUGUGCACGGAGAACAUCCAGAAGGCCAUCCGGCUGCUUUUUGGCACCUUUAUUGAGCAUUGGUUGGAUGUCGGUGCCGCCCGCCUCACCAGUGCCCCAUGCUGGGUGAUUUACCUCCAAGUGCUGCAGGAAACUGUGUGGCCCGGCGGCACGCUGCCUGCUCAUCCUCGGCCCGAGCGGAGCGCAGCAGAGAAGGAGGAGACAAAGGAGCGAUGCUUGGACUGCCUGAUGCAGCUGCUCCCCGAGCUGAUUGCUGACAUGUUGGGCAGCGAGAAGUACAGGCUGAGCUUGGAGACCAUGCUGGCCUCUCUGCAGGACCAUCAGAUAAACAAACAUUUGAUCUACUGCGUCUGCGACCUGCUGCUGGAGUUUCUCAUCCCCGAGUCAAGCGAUGAGGCCUUCCAGACGUCUCUGCUGCAGAGCCUGACUAAAGACACAGAGAGGGACAGUCCUCAUACGUGAUCAACACAUGAAAUGUACCCGCAGAUGGAAACAGUCGCUGCACAAUGGGCCGUGUAGAUAAAUGUGGGAUGCUCAUAAAGGCACAUGCUUAUGGUACAACAGUCAGUACCUCUGUAGAAGAAAGAUUUAAUUU